UUCAACACUACUAUAUAACAAAUAAUUUGAGGUCUCUAGAAUGUGUCAGGUAAAGGAAUCACAUCCAUCUACUACCAAUUCAAAAGGUGUAUUUGUGCUAGAGCAGACUGCCAAUAGCAUCACUCAUGGGAUGUUUAUACCCACAUCGAUAUAUCUGCUGUAUAAAUUCUGUUCCCUGUCUAAGAGUGAUGCAGAUCUUUUCAAUGCCUGGGUAUACGGGAUCGCACUAAUUGUACUGUUUGGUGUGUCUACUUUAUACCACUGUUCCUGCUUAACACAAAAAACGAAUUUGAUAGAGUUUUUACGAAUCAGCGAUCAUGCUACCAUAUUUCUCUUUAUUGCUGCGUCCUACACCCCCUGGGUUACAAUAGCCGGAUAUGACAUAGACGCCACACACUACGUCAUACCCCUCUGGAGUCUCGCUGCGUUCGGAAUUUUCUUCAGCUUCUACACAAGAGCUUUAACGCACCACGGUUUUGAGUUAUGCAUGUAUAUUGCAGAGGGACUGUUGCCAGCGCUGUUUCUUAUCUGGCAGGUUGGCUUCCGCCCAGAGUUAUACGAUGUAGCGGUCGGUGGCUUCUUCUUCCUCAGUGGCAUCAUCUUCUUUAGACUGGAUGGUACCCUGCCCUUUGCUCAUGCCAUCUGGCACAUCUUCGUAUUUUUGGGGACCUACUACCACAGUACCGCUCUGGUAGAGUUGCUCAUCAGAAAUAGUAAAGAAUUCCUCCAUCCUCACGGAGUUUAACUCUUGUUAAGCUGUAGGUUGAAUUUGUAGAAAUCGCAAUUUGAUGUGGAGACUUUAGUUUGAUUAGUAUGGACUUAUUAUUAUAUAAUUGAAUAAUAAUGUAUUAAUUUACUAAGUUAGUGAAAAAAUUAAGGUUUACAAUUACAUUGCUUUAGGCUAUGUUUUUUCCAGUCCAAAAACUUUAGGGGAGCUUACAAGUUACCUGGUUAAGCAACUGAAAGCGAAACUGAAAGUGAAACAAUAUAUAAUAUUGAGAUGGAACUGGUGAUGUUAUAUUUCUUUUAUAUUUGAACUGCCUUUUUAUUUAAGUUUGGUGCUAGACCACAACACACCCGAAUACUCAAUAGUUAUUAUUAUCACAAUUCUGGCCGGAAAGGAAAACCUGUAUGGAUAAAAUUUUUGAAAGUUGUCAGAUGGAUUAAGUUAGUCCUGUGAUGUAUCGGACAAUAAUUUUUGUAUGUAUUGCGUUUUACCCGGGUUGUGGUUGCUGCAAUCUUUAUAUAAUUUAUAAUAAGAGAGUUAAAAUUAUUUUCAUGAUUGUAAAUUUUCCCUCGACCGUUGAUCUGUUUGUUGUAUAGUAGUUGUUGAAAGCUGAAGCUUUGAAUAGCUCGAUAAAUGUGUUUUAUGUGUAACACAAUGAUAAAAUAGUUUUAUAUAUGGGUUCUUAAAUUUCAAGAAAAUAUCAAGAUGUACCAUGGAUAACUUCCCAACUUUUAAAUGCCCUUAAUAUGUUAAUAAAAUGUGGUUGAUAUUUGCUGAGCAUCCGAUUGUUGCGAUGACAAAUGUUCCAUGGCCAUGCCAUGUGUAGAAUUUAGUUUUUCUUAAAUCUGUUGAAAGAUCUGUAUUAGCUGCUUCUUCUUUUGCUAUCUAUCUUUAA